AUCUUUUUGGUUUUCUACUUAUUCAACCGUGCUAUUGAAAUCAAAGGUUGAAGAUGCUGUUCUUAAAUUCAAAAACUUGCAUGCUCAGCUGGAUGUGACACUCUCAUCUGUACCAUGUGAGAAGCUUAUUAAGCUGUCCUGCAAAUUACUCAAGGUGCAUACCGCACUCAAUAUAGUCGAUCAGAUAAUUGAAAAGGGGUUGUCUAUGACGACAGAGACAUUUAAUGUCAUACUAGAUUCCUGUGAAGGUAGCUGUGAGUAUAAUUUGGAAACUCUUCAUAGUCAGCAGCUCAGAUAGUUCAAGUUCUCGACUCUUCUUGCUUAGUUUGUGCACAUUAACCAGUUUUUGCAUCCAACAAUGUACUCGGGAGUGACCCAUUUUGUUGCAAUAAUCACAAUGUGAAAACAAGUUCGCCGGAUGCAUUCAAUCACAAUAAGUUUCCACAAUCUCAAGCCUAAUGAAAAGACUUUUUGCAAGUUGAUAAAUUUGAGUGUAAAAAUGAAAGAUUUUGACAGAGCAUACCGAAUUAUCAAGGACUUGGGGAAGUUUAAUUUGUUGCCUACGGUUAACAUGUACAAUGCCAUAAUGGCAGGUUAUUUUCGUCAGGUGCACCAGGACAACUCAACAACAAAGCUUACACAGUUUCUGAAUCCUAGCAGCAAGCAGAUACAGUUAGAGGCCCUGGUGCAGAGAUGUGAAAGGCUUACGGUAGCGGGCAGGGGUGGGGGAAAGGGUAGACCUAGGAAGAGUUGGAAGGAGGUGGUAAAACAUGAACUAAGACUUCUGGCCCUUAACGAGGAUAUGACUUUAGAUAAUAGCAACUGGAGAUUAAGGACUAGGGUAGUUGUCUGGGCCUUCAUGCUGCUGAAUUUGCAGAAAGACUUCCAUGGUGGAUUGAUGGUUUUCAAACAAAUGGAAGACGCCAAUGUGAAACCAGACUCUCAAAGUUUUAGCUACCUGAUAAACAAUUGCAAGAGUGAACAAGAUAUAAACAAGUUUUUUAAUGAGAUGAAACAUGCUGAAGUUCAUGUCACAAAGCACGUUUGUAUGGCCCUUAUAAAUGCAUAUGCAGCCUGUGGACAGUUUAUGAAGGCGAAGCAGGUGAUCUCAGAUGGAAGGGUACCCAUAAAGAGCUUAAAUGAAGUCAAAAGUGUGCUUGUUUCUGCUCUUGCCUCACAUGGGCAAGUAUCUGAUGCACUUGAUAUAUAUGAAGAAAUAAAAAAAAGUAAAGGCAAUCUGGCACCAAAAGCAGUUAUUUGCCUUAUUGAGCAUAUGCAGUGCGAAGGAAAUUUAGAUAGAUUACUUCAUCUGCUUGGUGAGUUAGACGAUAAAGAUUAUUGGGUUGAUGCAGCCUUCAGAAUUAUAUCAUAUAGCAUUCGGCACGAACACUUCGGACCUAUCAUGCACUUGCUCAAGAAACUCAAGGACAUUUACUGCAAUGAUGAGGUGGCUAGACAUAUUCUUUUUGAUGAGAUAUUUUUCCUUGUGGUGGAAAAAGAUCCAAUAGACUUGGAGCUCGGCUGGAAUAUGCUUCAAGCUAUUAAGCACGAGUUAGGUGUUAUCCCUUCCCGCAAGAGCCUUGAUGUUCUCCUUAGUGCAUGUCAGAGCUCCAAAGAUGUAUCAUUUUGCUUCAAGAUUUGGGAAGAGUACCAGAAAGCUGGUCUUCCUUACAACAUACUUAGUUAUUUGAGGAUGUACCAAGUUCUUUUGGCCUUGGGGCUACUAGAACCUGCGACGACAUUAUUAAGUAACAUUCCACAUGAAGAUCCACAUAUUUGCUACGUCAUCAACGCAUGCCAAACAGCUUACACAAAUUCUUCUCAAGAUAAAAUGAAAGUGAGCAUUCUAUCAACUUCAGUUUCCUCAAACGCCUUCAGGCUUUUUUGUGAAGUCCAUGAUCACAAGCCCGCAUAACUCAGGCUUAGCAAGGCCAAUUCACGAUUCAUCAGUCCCUCACGGUUUUUGGAACCCGAUUCUGACUUUGUUAGUGUAUGUUAGAUUCCAUUAUAUGUAUAGUCAAUAGUUAAACAAAAAUAUACUCCAUUUUAACUUUAACUUUUGACUCUAGUGUCGGAUUUAAGGUAUUCAAGUGACGUUAGAAAGCUUCUCAUUAUUGGGGUUUAGAAGCUUAACUGCUAAAGAUUCGAAGGUAACUUUUGUAUGACACUUAAAUUAUUGAAAUCAAAUACCCAAGUAAAUAGUUCGAGUUAAU